AUGAGAGCAACAUGGAACCUCCAACAGCAACAAGAGGAGGAACCAGAACCUCCUCAGAUUAAAGAGGAGGAACCAGAACCUCCUCAGAUUAAAGAGGAGGAACCAGAACCUCCUCAGAUUAAAGAGGAGGAACCAGAACCUCCUCAGAUUAAAGAAGAACCAGAAUCUUCUCAGAUUAAAGAAGAACCAGAACCUCUUCAGGUUAAAGAGGACCAGGAGGAACCAGAACCUUCUCAGAUGAAAGAGGAGGAACCAGAACCUCCUCAGAUGAAAGAGGAGCAGGAGGAACCAGAACCUCCUCAGAUGAAAGAGGAGCAGGAGGACCUCGGCAUCAGUCAGCAGCUGGUUCUGAAGCAGAACACUGGAACCUUCAUGGAGUCUUGUGAGGAAAUGGACCCAGAACUGAACACUGACCGGCUCCAGUCUCAGACCGGUCCUGGUUCAGAGAGUCCGUCUGAAUCUGACAGGACUUCUGUAAAAUGUGACGUCUGUGGAAAAACCUUCAGAAAUGACCUGAGUUUGAAGAAACAUCUGAGAGUUCAUUCACAUCAGAAACCCUUAACCUGCACUUGGAGCAUUUUGUUCAGCCUGCAGGGAGCUCUGUCUCACUGUGGAGAGCUCGAACCCAACAACUACAGUAAAUAUCCAGCUAUAAUCACACUGCUCAGUCCCUGUACAGCUGAAGGAGACAGGUUGUCCAGCUCUCCUGGUCAGGGUUACAUCAUCCUGGACCAGGUCUGCUGCCAUGACAAGCAGCGCUGCAGAGACACAGACAGACAGGUGAAGACCUGCAGCUGUAACAUGUCUGAAGAACAGAAGGAAGUUCUUGUUGACCCGGAGAGGAACCCGGGUCUGGACCAGGAGGAACCUCCACAGAUCAAAGAGGAACCAGAAGACCCCYGCAGCAGUCCGGAGGUCCAGCAGCUGGUUCUGAAGCAGGAGGUCCGGUGGAAGCCAGAACCUKAUGAAGAUCCUGAUCCUCAGGACCACCUGCUGGACCCUGAGACCCAGCUACACAUUAUAGAGGUCCAGCUGGAGGAGGACCGGAUCUCCAGUCUGGAACCAGAACCUCCACAGCUUAAAGAGAACCAGGAGGAGUUCUGCAGCGGUCAGCAGCUGGUUCUGAAGCAGGAGACUGGAUCCUGCAUGGAGACUUGUGACGACAGUGACCCAGAACCAAACAACCACCAGCUCCGGCCUCGAGUCUCUCCUGGAUCUGAGAGUCCACACCAGAACCAGAACAAAGCUGUUGGGUCAGAACCAUCAGGAAAAACUGAUCUGAGCCUGAAGAAGAGAAGUCACAGAAACRAAAGUUCUUCUGGCUCCAACAAGUGGUCCAGAACUGAGUCGGCUCCAGAGUCUCUGAUAUGUGACGUUUGUGGGAAAACCUUCAGGAGUAAAUACAAAAUGAACGUUCACAACAGAAGUCACACAGGAGAGAAACCACACGCCUGUCAAAUCUGCGGCAAAACCUUCAGAGAGAGCGGCGACCUGACCAUCCACACCAGGACCCACACGGGGGAGAAACCCUACGUUUGUAAAGUGUGCGGCAGAGGUUUCAUGCACAGCGGCGGGUUGACGGUUCACCUGAGAACUCACACGGGAGAGAAACCGUACGUCUGCAAAGUGUGCCGGCAGACUUUCAGACAGAGCGGCACGCUGUCCGUCCACAUGAGGACGCACACAGGUGAGAAGCCCUUCUCCUGUGAAGUCUGCGGGAAAGAAUUCAGUCGACGCGAUAAUCUGAUCACCCACACRAGGACUCACACGGGCCAGGGCCAAAGUUCUGCUGGACCGGAUUCUGUUUCUGUGAGAGGCCACGCGGGCUUGAGGCCGUUUUCCUGUGAAACGUGUGGGAAAAGCUUCACUCAUCGCAGUAACCUGACCGUCCACAUGAGGAUGCACACCGGUGAGAAGCCCUACUCCUGUGAAAGAUGUGGGAAAGCCUUCAGGCAUCACAGCGGCUGGUCCGUCCACAUGAGGACCCACAAGGACAAGAACCUGGAGCCGUAAAACGUCCGGGAAAAAACUCUUGAGACUCCAGGAAGACUUUAAAGUAACUCACUCAUCCAUGAAACCACGAGUUGAUAUUUAAUUUUAUUUAUUGAUUUUUAAUUAUGUAAAUAUAAAAAUCAGAUAAACUGUAAAAAUGAAGCGGUUCAGGUGAAAACAGAUUCUUUAUAAAACUGAGGUUUUCAUGUUUUUAGUUUCUUCUGUUUCUUUCAUACGUCUGCAGAUUAUUUUA